UCUCGCCUUUCUAGCCCCGCUGCCGCGGCCCGGCGAACUCAGCUCACGAGUGAGGCUGUGCUGGGCGGCGCAGGCACCAGCCAAUGGGCUAGAGAGCGCAGCGAGCAUCGUCCUCCGCGGGGCAGGCUGCGGCCGGGCGAGCCACGGGCGUGCUGAUAUUAAACGAUUCCACAAAAUGUUUGCAAAAGCAACAAAAAAUUUUGUGAGAGAGACUGACACUGGCGGUGACUUGAUCCCUGUAUCCCGCUUGAAUGACUCAGAUAAAUUACAGCUUCUGAACUUAGUAACAAAGAAGAAGAAAUUGUGGUGCUGGCAGAAACCGAAGUACCAUUUCUUGACAGUCACGCUGAAUGAUGUGCUUACUGAAGACAAACCUAUAAAACCAGUUGUUGUUGAGUCUGACUUUGUGAAAUAUGAGGGGAAGUUUGAAGACUUUGUCAGAGGAAGUAUUGAAACUUCAUUUGGAAAGAUCAACCUGGGUGCUGGAGGAAAAGGCUUUGUAGAAAGCCAGUCUUCAUUUGGAAACCUAAAAAAGCAGGAGGCUGAUUUGCAGCAGCUUAUGAAAGACCUCAAGGGAAGAACAAUAAAUCUAAACAAUAAUUUACUGCAACAAGUGCUAGGAAGAAAACAUGAGGUACUGUGUAUCUUGACAGAAAAGAUAGUAACAACUCAAAAGUGUUUGGUAUCUGAACAUAUUCAGACAGAAGCAAAAUAUGGUGGCGUGGUGGGACUCCAUACAAAAAUUGUAAAGGUUUCAGUGAGCGAAAAUGGGAAUGUGAGAAAGGAUUCCAAUGUGGUGUUAGAGAUUCCUGCCCCCACCGCGAUUGCCUAUGGCGUAAUUGAACUGUAUAUAAAGCGUGAUGGUCAGUUCGAAUUCUGCCUGCUAGAUGAGCAAGAAGGAGGUUUUGAAAGAGAAAACGCAGAAGGCUCAUCUUAUCCAUAUUCUUUACCGUUUAGAGACUCUUCCUUUCUAUAUCAGCCAGACGCUGUGGAUAGUGACAGGCACUCUGGAGAUAGAAACAUCGUUCCCAGCGGUGCUUCCUUAAGUGUACUGAAACAAGAUCUGUUGCUGUUAAAGAUGCAGUUCCAACCCUUUGUGAAGCUUCCAGAAGACAAGCAAGGAGCUUUAAAUAAAAUAUUUUAUGAGUUCUUGCAUCAUGAAGAAAUGGUGACUGCACUGGAGGAGGUGUUAGAUAGUAUUUGCACAGGAGAGGAGCCGGAUUUCACGGACCUGAAGGAGUUGAAACCUCCACAGCAGCAAAACAUAACCGACUUCUUGCAGCUGGUCGGGUACAGUUUACAGAAUGAGCUGUUGUUGCAGAACGACCAACUUCAUUAUAAGGGACUCUUCUCAGCUGCUCACAUCCUGAUCAGUGCAGUGGCAGAAUUGUCUGACUACACACUGGCUCUGCUGCGUGCUUGCUGUGAUAUACAAAUAAUUCCUGCCUUGUGUUGUUUGCCUAAUGUCGCUUCAGCUGAUGGCACUUUGACACUGAGAGAUCCUGCCCUGGCCCCUCUCACUGACACAGGAAGAUUUCACAUAGUUCAAAGGCUGUUCGCCCUAUCAAACAUUAACCUCGAAAUGAUGGAGUCUUCAGUGAAAGCUGUAACCAUGAAAGAACCCAGCUUUUUCCCAUUCAUUCUUUAUAUUGCAUUGUAUGGAUUUUAUGCCUUAGGUGGGACCAUCUGAAGAAAAAAGAAAAACCUAGAAUAAUAGCUGAAAUACUGCACUAAUAAACGCCAGAUUUUCAGUGCUAAGAAUCCUGCUAAUUCACAGUCGUAUUCCUGGGAGAGAACUGCAAAUCACUGAAUUUUGUAACCAAGUGGGUGAGUAAAUGAACAUGAAAAAUACAAGGGCACCGCAUCCCAGCAUGUUCUUUGUUCAUUUAGGGCCUGGUCCUGCAGAGCGCCCUCAAGUACUACUCAACUCAGCACCUUGCAGAAUCAGGCGUUUAUUUUGUCAAUAGUAGUUUAGAUUGAUUUAUGGCAAUACUCCACAGUAUAGCAGAUACUCCAUGUCUCUCAUUUACUUUCCUAAAACUAAUCAAAUUAGUGAUUAGACCUCACUACAGCAUCUUUGCUGAUCGCUUUUUGUGCAAGUUAGCAAGUUUCAGCAGCAUGCUAUGCUUAAAUUGCACCCUAAGCUCUCCCUUUAAAAUGUAAUGAUUCCUUUUGAUGUGUAUGUGUGUGCUUCACCCUGUUACAGUCCAGACAAACACUUGUUCUACCCUUCUGACCUCUUCAGUGUGGUGGUUUUUUAAUAAAAGUAAAGUGUUUAUUCUCAGUGCA